AUGGCUCUAGAAUUAACUGCAGAAAUGAAGCAAGAACUUGCUUCUGUUGCCAAGCAAAUUGUCGCUCCUGGCAAAGGUAUUUUGGCUGCUGAUGAGAGUACAGGAACAAUGGGCAAACGCUUAGCGAGCAUCGGUGUUGAGAAUGUAGAAGAUAAUCGUCGAAAAUUUCGUCAAUUACUCUUUACAUCCAGCAAAGAGCUUGGAAGGUAUAUUAGUGGCGUUAUUCUUUUUCACGAAACUUUAUAUCAGAAAGACGAUCAAGGCACACCAUUUGUUCAAGUACUCAAGGACAACGGUAUUAUACCAGGGAUUAAAGUAGACAAGGGUGUUGUACAAUUAUUAGGUACAAGCGCCGAAACGACCACACAAGGCUUAGACGAUUUAGGCAAGCGUUGUGCCCAGUAUAGAGCCGAUGGUGCUCAAUUUGCCAAGUGGCGAUGUGUCCUCAAGAUUACAGCUUCAACACCCAGUGAAUUGGCUAUUCAAGAAAAUGCCCAUGUACUAGCCCGAUAUGCUAGUAUUUGUCAACAAAAUGGAAUCGUUCCUAUUGUUGAACCCGAAGUGAUACCAGACGGCGACCAUUCCUUGCCAGUCUGUCAAAAAGUCACUCAAAGAGUACUGGCGGCGACUUAUAAGGCUUUACACGAUCAUAAUGUUUUCUUGGAAGGAACCUUGUUAAAACCCAACAUGGUCACUGAAGGUGCCUCUUAUCAAACCAAAGCUUUACCCGCUGAAGUAGCUAAGGCUACCGUUGUCACGCUAGCAAGAACUGUACCUGCUGCUGUGCCAGGAAUUGUUUUCCUUUCCGGUGGACAAUCCGAAGAACGAGCUAGUAUCAACUUGUCAGCGAUCAAUAGCUGCCCAGGUACCAAGCCAUGGGCUUUAUCAUUUUCAUUUGGAAGGGCAUUGCAAGCGAGCGCUCUAAAAGCUUGGCAAGGCAAGGUGGAAAAUACCGCUUCUUCACAAGAAGAAUUUCUCAAGAGAGCUAAAGCCAAUGGCUCAGCAACGUUAGGAAAAUAUGCCGGCGAAGGAGCUGAUAGUGCUGCUGCUUCACAGAGUUUGUUUGUCAGCAAUCAUGUCUACUAACCUAGUUUCGAUGAUGAAUUUGUAUCUAUAGAUCAUCAUCAAUGAUCGUAUUGGUAUGAAGAAAUUGCUAUCCUUGUUCCUACUGAUCAUUUACUAGACAUUGACUGUAGGAUAAAUGAUAACCUACGUUAACGUAGUACUUACUUCAAUUGAUUCUAAUGAAUUGAUAAUAAUUAUUGUAGAUCAAUUAAAAUCAUUAAAAUUGCAAUAAAAUAAAUGCCAAUC